GGUCGGAGACAGCAGCAUGGCGGAAGACGAGAGUGAUCAGGAGUCGGAGAGGCUUGUGGAAGAGCUGGAAGCCAUAGCCGAGGAGGAACUGAGGGGGCCGGGAGCGGGGGACGUGAGGAGCCUGGAGUACUGCCGCCGCUUCUGUGAGGUUGUUGAGGAAUACACAGCGCGGUGGCAGGUCCCUCUGCCGCAGCUACAAGUACUGCAGACCGCUCUCUGCUGCUUCACAUCCGCCAGCGUGUCCUUUCCGGCUGAGUGUGAGCGCGUACAGCAUGUACUGAGCAGGCUCGCUUUGAGUCUCUUUGAGUUGCUGCUGUUUUUUGGGAAAGAUGAAUUUUAUGAGGCUCCUUUGAAAGACAUCCUUGGUUCAGUCCAGGAAUGCCAUGACCUCCUCAUCCGAUAUGAUAAUCCGGACUUGAGAGAAGUUACAUGUGUUAUUAAGGAUGGAGGUCCUUGGGAAGAUCCAGUAUUACAAGCUGUGCUUAAGGGAAAAUCUGAACCUCAAGACAUUGUGGACAGAUACUUGAGGUCGGAGAACCAGCUGUUUUUUGAAUUUCGGGUGAGGUACCUCAUUGCCUGUGAACGUAUUUCAGAAGCGGUGGCUCUGAUAACAACCUGCUUGAGUCACCCUGAAGUCAGUAAAAACCUGUAUUAUCAUCAGGCCUACUUUAUGUGUCUGCAUAUGACCCGAUUAACAGAGCGGCUUCUUCCUGAGCACGUCCUGAGACUAGACUGCAGUGACGGAGUUAGAAUUAUCUGCAAUAUUGAAAAGGAAGGUAAAACGGCGCUGGCACUGCAGCUGAGCGAGGCUUUUCUCAUCACACAGUUGCAAACUGGAAAAAUGUAUUGCAUUUGGGAAUUAAUUUUCAUUUGGAGUAAACUUCAAUUGAAAGUAAACCCCUCCAAGGAGGCGUUUGUUGAGCAAUGCUACAACAUGCUGAGGAUUGCUGCAAAUGUGAAGGCCAUAUUUCCCUUCAUGAAAACCAUCAGAGAGGAGAUUGGCGAAGGCUCUGUGCAGCUGUCGGUUGAACUUUGUGGCUGCGCGUUACAGCUGGAUCUUCAAGGCGACCCUGAGACAAAAUCUUUAAUUUAUAAAACCAUUGCUUAUCUUUUACCCACGGACCUGGAGAUUUGCAGAAUCUGUGCUCUGUCUGUUUUCUUCCUGGAACGAACCGUAGAAUCGUAUGAGGUGGUCGAAGGGUUGUAUAGAUACUGUGACGAAGAUUACAAUGAGUUUGCCAGCUAUGUGGAGAAUCGAGUGCGCUUUGAACUGCUUCCAAUAUUAAAAAGGGGUUUAGUAUUCGAUCCCGAAUUUUGGAAUUUCUCAAUGAUCCAAACAAACUGUGCCGCUCUGCUGGGAGACAAUGCUGCACUGGUUUUACCGAAGUCCGAUGCUGUGGAUAUUGUUGUUGAACAGCAGAGUUUGCCUUUGGAUGGUGCCGUGACACCAUUACAUAAUGGUGAACGGAAGCAUAAAGAAAGCCGCGGCAACAGGCAUAAAGUCUCAUCAGAGCCUAAGAAGAACCAUACUGUCCUCACCCCACAUAAGAUGGAUACAAAUACACCCAGGCAUCAUUGUACUUUGUGUAAUAGAGAGUUCUUGGGUGGUCACAUACUCAGACAUGCACAGACCCACCAUAAAAAAGGCUGGUUUUCAUGUGUUAUAUGUGCCCGGAAGAUCAGGAAUAAAGUGUCCAUGCUUAGGCACCUAAAACAUCACCUAAAGAAAAUGCAAAGGCAUCAAGCAGGAAAUUCUCUUAAAGCUUCCUCAGACCCAUCCCCUGGGUACUCGGAUACAAACAAGGCGAAUUCUUUAGAAACGUCAUCUUCUACAAACGAGGUGAAUUCUUUAGAAACGUCCUCUUCUACAAACGAGGCGAAUUCUUUAGAAACGUCCUCUUCUACAAACGAGGCGAAUUCUUUAGAAACGUCAUCUUCUACAAACGAGGCGAAUUCUUUAGAAACGUCAUCUUCUACAAACGAGGCGAAUUCUUUAGAAACGUCAUCUUCUACAAAAAAGGCGAAUUCUUUAGAAACGUCAUCUUCAGAGACUGGAAAUUCCAACCAGGACUUAAUGGACAGUGAGCAUAUCAUUCCUGGUCGAAACCACACCAUGGACCAUAACAGAGGAAACGUAAAUGAUUCCACAGCUACACAGACUUCGUGCUCCACCGACGUAAGCAAUUCAGACGAGACAACUGCAUUAAGUGAAAUGCAAGGUGUAGAAGACGAUGCGGGCAGAGAUACGGGUCAAUGUGUUAAAAUAAAUGGCUCUUUAUUUUGUAAAUUCGACCCGGUUGUCAAUCAUCAGGUUCCGUGCCCAGCUCAGGGCUGUCAUCGGGUUUUCCAGAAGGUAAGAGCCUUGAAUAAGCAUGCACGGAAAGCGCACCCUUCUGAUGUGAAGGUGCAGCAGCACAUUAUGACAUGGAACAAAAGCAAAUGCCGAUUCUGCCAGAGGAAGUUUGUAAACUGCAGACAUUUCGUUGACCACCUAAAUAGGCACGUUUACCCCAAUGUCUAUUUCUGCAUGCAGUUGAAUUGCAAUCAGAGAUACAAGUAUUCAGGUCAACUCAUUGAACAUCAGCAAAGCCACGAGACUCUUGAAGUUCAGUGCGGUUAUACGAACUGUCCAGAAAUUUUUGAUAAGCUUUCUUCCCUUUAUGAGCACGAAGCUCUGCACUAUAAACAAAUCCCAUUAGAUAAUACUACUUCUGUACCCAACACAGAGCCUCUAGAAACGGUUCAUGUUCCCCAAGAGGACAGUGGAAGCUUAGAACCUCAACCUGACGUGUCUUCACCUUCUAGCAAAACAGAAGAACCCCCUCGGCAAGAGGAAGCUCCCGACCUGCACAUUCCCAUCUGGAAAUCGAGAAAGGAUGUAGCAGAACCAAAGACCUAUAAACAAGCAGAGAAAAAACUUAAUGGUGAAGUACACUUGGCCAAGGAGGUCCUCCAAACUAGCUGUGAUGUUGGGCAGGAUCCAAUUCCUGAAGAUAACCAGGGUGCUGCUCCUGAGGAACAUGGCCUCAAUGGACACAUGGCUCAGGAGCCGAGCGCUGUAGUAGAAACGGCAACUGUAGAGAGGGAGAUGGAAAGUAAUCCACCAGACUCGGACCCAGAUGCCGCACAAGAGACUGCACCAACAGCACGGGCUAAACAAAGUCCGGUCGCUUUCUCCAAUGCGUAUGGCACAGUGGGAGUGCGGCCAUUUAGUAGACCAUUGCCACCUAGUUACCUAGACGAACAGUACAUUAGUAUGCCAAAACGCAGGAAAAAUGAACUGGAACUUACUUCCGAAAACCAUACGGUAUCUGAACCCCCAGUAGAGAAAUGGAGAUGUGGGAAGUGCCUAACUAAUUACUGUAGCUCUGAAGCGCUUGAGCAGCAUCUAGCACAAAAGAAGUGUCAGCUGUACUUUGGUUUUGACUCAGAUGAUGAAAGUGCCUGGUGAAAACUUGCACAAGAAGACACAACCAUCUCCUCCCUGCCACCCGGGACUAAAUUUGGCCUUAAACAAUAGGACUUUACCAGCUUUCACGUUUUUACUAAGAUUUCUUGUGGAGUGUUAAAUGUGUAUAAUUCAAGUCCAGAAAAAAUGUUCACUUUUACAUUUUAGCAACAAAAAAAUAAAUAAUGUGCCAUGUAAUUUUGGUGUGUACCGCCUUGAAGAUUGAAUCGAAUAAAA